UGGAUGGGGGACUUGUUCCUGAAAAGAAGAUUGAAGGGUCCAACUAUAAAAUCAAGAACUUUAUAGAAAUCACAUUUUCUCUCUAAGUCCUCUUUCACAUUGUUGAUUAAAAGGUUUUUUUUUCUCUUUAGUCAUGAUGAAGGUCUUUGGAGCUGUGGUCCUUUUCAUGACUUUGUCUGCAGUGUGUGGAUUGAGAUGCUACCAGUGUACAUCAGGCAAAUCCUGCACAGAGCAGUUAACUUGUCCUCCUGUCUUUGAGCGUUGUACCUCCUUUGUGAUGAAUGGUGUUGUCACCAAGGGCUGCAUGCUCAGUAACUUAUGUCUUGGCCCCGUAAAGUGCUGUGCCACGGACUUGUGUAAUAGUGAUCAUCCGGCUGAUGACAUCGCAAAACCCGAAGUUUGGGGUGUUACUGAUACCAAACCCAAACCUUCCAAGCCCAAAUCCCAUGGUUCCAUACCCAAACCCACUGGUUCCAGCAACAUACCCACCGGUUCCAGUGUCCUUCUCCUGCUGGUUUCCUCCAGCAUCAUCACACUCUUUCUCUGAGGCCCUGUCACAGCUACAGCAUAAGAAUAUUGGUCUUCUCUGUAACCCAAUUUGGGACUUCUGGAAAAUAACCAAAUUUGCAAAUUGUAAAGCUGUAAAUGAAUGGAUUGCUGGUUCAAUAAAAACAUAAUAUGAUU